CGAAUACUCGAUCAGUUACAAAACCCUCCUCAAAAACCCUCAUUUUCACUGAGACACAGUCUCAUCCCAAAUUAGUGAAAGAAAUGGCUCUAACCCUAGCGAGAGCCCUCUCCUCCGCCACACUCCGCCACCCAACAACCACUCUAUCAAAGCGCGUUCUCUCCACAAUCACCCACCCUCCUCCCAUCCCCACCACCCUCUUCCUCUCUCGCAGACGACCCCUCGCUCCUCUCUCCUCCGCCGCUAUCCCCUCCACCGCCGCAACCCGCUUCACCUCAAUCCGAUGCCGCGUGAACCGCUCCGGCAACUCGGCCUACUCCCCACUCAACUCCGGCUCCAACUUCAGCGACCGCCCACCCACCGAAAUGGCCCCACUCUUCCCUGGCUGCGACUACGAGCAUUGGCUCAUCGUCAUGGACAAGCCUGGCGGCGAAGGCGCCACCAAACAACAGAUGAUCGAUUGUUACAUCCAGACACUCGCUAAAAUCGUUGGAAGUGAGGAGGAAGCGAAGAAGAAGAUUUACAAUGUGUCGUGCGAGAGGUAUUUUGGGUUUGGCUGUGAAAUUGACGAGGAGACCUCUAAUAAGCUUGAAGGCUUACCUGGAGUUCUGUUUGUGCUUCCUGAUUCUUAUGUGGAUCCUGAAUAUAAGGACUAUGGGGCUGAAUUGUUUGUGAAUGGGGAGAUUGUUCAAAGGUCACCUGAAAGACAGAGGAGGGUGGAGCCACAGCCACAGAGAGCUCAAGACAGACCAAGAUACAAUGACAGAACUCGGUAUGUGCGUCGUAGAGAAAAUAUGCGGUGAAACACAGAAUAGUGCAGUCAUCUUGAGGUGAAAUACAGCAUGGAAAGAUUUUCUGUGUAGAUAUCUAAGCUCUCUCUAAAACUUGUUGGACAAUGGGAACCUAUAUAAUUGUUGGGUUAUGUGUGGUGCCUGAAAGUCUCCAUCCUAGGCUAGUUGAACUUGUAACUAUGAUAUUUGGUGUUGUCAGUGUCUGUCCCGUUUAUGAACAUUGUAUGAUGACUGUCAAGUUUUUCUUUCUACAUGCUUGGUGCUCCUUAUUUGUGUGACAA